AUGCUGCGAAAAUUUCUUCGUAAGGUCAACCAAUUCUUAAAUGACCGACGACUUUGCAUGGAAAGUGAAUUAGCGUGGCGUAAACGACAGAUACCACCUCGCGGAAACUCCUUCGCUAGGAUCUUGUCGAGCGCAAUCCGCUCAACUUUCAGAACAAGACAUGGAGCUGCCUCGAAUUCUUCUUGGGAUAAUGUUGGGUUGCUGAUUGAACCUUCACCACCACUAUAUAUAAAAGAUGUCUUAGUUACGAACGAUCUAACUGGAUCAGUCCUGUCAGAAGCUAUACGGAAACGGAUAAAUUUCAUACUGUCCUAUCAUCCACCAGUAUUUAAUCCUCUUAAGCGCUUCACACAAGACUCUUGGCGCGAACGAGUUGUUAUUCAAUGCUUAGAGAAUAGAGUCGCUGUUUUCUCUCCUCAUACCGGCCUGGAUGCAAAGAAGGGUGGCGUCAACGACUGGCUCAUCAGUCCCUUUGGUAUGAAGCCCCGACUACACUUUAAUUUUAGAGUACAACGGCGUCGUCCCAGAGGCUACGGCCGUUUGGCUACUCUUUCUUCUCGGCUAAAAUUAUCUACAGUCCUGGAUCGUUAUAAGAAACUGCUACAUGUUGAUCACCUGACGGUAGCGUUAGGCGAUGGCAAAACGUUUGGUGAGUGGUUUAUUCUUCGACACUGA